UGAAUUUGGCAACAAUGAGCAGCCGCCUCGACUGUCCUCCCCGGAACUCCUCAACGCCACCGAAGCGUGCCGUUGUGGGACACGCACACCCUUUGCUGGGAGCGGUUCCGCGCCCGCGCCUCUUCCCACACACACGCAGAUUUUCCACAACCACAACCACCACACCGUGAUUGCCUUCUUCCCCUUCCUCCCUUCACCCCCCCAACAAUCUUGAUCAGCGGAACACCGAACCCUGCAGGUCAUUUGUUUUGGAAGAGGAGAGCAACGUCCACUUUGCAGUCAACAACGACGAUGACAACGACGCCACAGCGAUGGACGGACGACUCCAGUGGCAUCGUGUAUGUGGAACGCCAUCGCGAUGACCAGUUUCAAUACAGAACCGUCAUCCUGCCUGGGGAGAUGGGUCAGGGGUUGCCUUUGCAUCGGGCUCUGACGGAGAAGGAGUGCCGUCGCCUCGGAAUCCGGCAGAGUAAAGGGUGGACGCAUUGCCUGAUUCGAAAGAAGGACCCCAACUCCCUCUUGUUUCGCCGCAAGCUAGACCUGGGCGAAGACCCGCUCCCUUCAUCCACCACCCCGAAGGAAACCUCGUCCGCAUCAUCGUCAUCGUCAACAUCAGCACAGGCCAAGAGCUCCGACACGUGUCAGCCGCAAUAGCCGCCUCUCUUCUCCGUGUGCGGAGCUUGGGUUGUGUGCCUGUGCAUUGGAUGCGUGUUGCGUGCGUUGUGCUUUCGAUGAGUGUUACUGCUGAGGUACCCACUGGGGCUUGUUUGCGUUCACGUGCUUGCGUGGAAAUGCUAGCCUCCCACUCGCGCUCUCCCUUCUUGUGCUGUUACUCGUCGAGUUUGGCGUCCUUGUCUGCGCGACCGCACGGCUUGUGCCUCUUCGCCCCUCCUCCCCCCUCUUUCCGCUACUUGCUAAGUAAUGUAAUCAAUUCCCCCUCCUCGC